AUGUUAAAAGAUUGUUCAUCGUCAAACAAAUUAUUUAAAGAACUAAAAACACAUGCCAAACUUGUUUUGACAAAUUUAAAUAUGUUAAGAAAACAAAAAGAAUUAUGUGAUGUAUUACUUAUCAUUGGACAAUCAAAAAUUCCAGCACAUCGAGCCGUUUUAUCAGCUUGUAGUCCUUAUUUUAAAGCAAUGUUUACUGGUGAAUUGGCUGAAAGUCGUUUAACAGAAAUCGUUAUUCAUGAUGUUGAUGAGAAUGCCAUGGAUUUAUUAAUUGAAUUUUGUUAUACAUCAACAAUUUUAGUUGAUGAAAAAAAUGUUCAGUUAUUAUUACCAGCUGCUGGUAUAUUACAGAUUCAAGAAGUACAAGAUACAUGUUGUGAAUUUUUAAAAACUCAAUUAGAUCCAUCGAAUUGUCUUGGAAUACGAGCAUUUGCUGAUACACAUUCAUGUAGAGAAUUAUUAAAAAUUGCCGAUAGAUAUACACAACAUAAUUUCAAUGAAGUAAAAGAAAGUGAAGAAUUUUCAUUUUUACCCAUAACUCAAUUGAUUGAUAUAGUAUCAAGUGAUGAAUUAAAUAUGACCAGCGAAGAAGAUGUAUUUAAUGCUGUCAUGCAAUGGGUACAAUUUAAUGUUGAACAAAGAAAACAGUAUUUACCACAGAUAUUAGAACAUGUUCGCUUCCCAUUGAUGAAUGCACGAUUUCUUGUUAGUACCGUUAGUUCAGAUCCAUUGAUACGAAGUGAUCAAACAUGUCGUGAUCUUGUUGAUGAAGCAAAAGAUUAUUUAUUAUUACCUCAAGAAAGAUUAAAUAUGCAAGGACCAAGAACACGACCGAGAAAACCAAUUAAACCUGGAGAAGUACUAUUUGCUGUGGGCGGAUGGUGUUCCGGUGAUGCUAUUGCCAGUGUGGAAAUGUAUGAUCCAUCGACGAAUGAAUGGCGUGCUGUUGCUCCAAUGAGUAAACGACGAUGUGGAGUAGGGGUAGCUGUAUUAAAUAAUCUAUUAUAUGCUGUGGGAGGGCACGAUGGUACCAGUUAUUUGAACAGUGUUGAAAGAUUUGAUCCACAAACCAAUCAAUGGAGUAGUGAAGUAUCACCGACGAGUUCAUGUCGAACAAGUGUUGGUGUAGCCGUAUUAGAUGGAUGUUUAUUUGCGGUCGGAGGACAAGAUGGAAUGUCGUGUUUAAAUCUAGUGGAAAAAUAUGAUCCAUCACUACAGCGAUGGAUUCGUGUGACAUCAAUGUGUACAAAACGUCUAGGUGUAGCUGUUGCGGUAUUAGACGGAUAUUUAUACGCCAUUGGAGGCAGUGAUGGUCAAUGUCCAUUGAGUACAGUUGAACGUUACGAUCCAAAAAUAAGUAAAUGGUCAGCUGUUGCUUCGAUGACGACACGACGUAAACAUUUGGGAUGUGCUGUAUUUAAUGGUUAUAUAUAUGCUGUCGGUGGUCGAGAUGAUGCUACAGAAUUAUCAACCGCCGAACGUUAUAAUCCAAAGACAAACCAGUGGAGCACAGUCGUAGCCAUGAAUUCAAGAAGAAGUGGAGUUGGUUUAGCUGUCGUUAAUGGUCAGUUAAUGGCUAUUGGAGGUUUUGAUGGUGCCGCAUAUUUGAAAUCCGUUGAAUUGUAUGAUAGUGAACAAAAUUCAUGGAAAUUAAAUGGUGGAAUGAAUUGUCGACGAUUAGGUGGUGGUGUAGGAGUUAUUAAACUACAUCACUUAGACUCUAUAUUAUCGGUGUUGAUUACGAAUGCAGAUGACAUAAAAAAUCGAUCAUUAUCAAAACUGAUUUCGUUCUCUUCUUCUUUAAUGAAUAUACAACAUGAAACAAUGCAAACAAUGAAUUCAGCCGAUUUACAACAGUAUUCUUCUAGUGGUGAUGUUGAUGAUUCUGGUUUACAUGAUGAUUUAGGUGAUGAUUUAUCAUUACAAUUAAAUUCUACCAUUUCAAAUUUAGUUAUUAAAGGUCGUGUACCAAAACCGGAUGAUGAACGAAAACUAUUUGUAGGUCAAUUAUCAUCAGAUAUAACAAAAGAUGAUUUAUUUAAUUAUUUUUCAAAAUUUGGAAAAAUUGAAGAUGUCACAAUUAAAUAUGAUGUACCUGGUGGACGAGCAAGAGGAUUUGCAUUUAUUUUAUAUGAUAAAAAAGAUUCAUUACAACAAGCAUUACAAUCACAAGAACAUUAUAUUAAUAAUUUUCAAAUUGAUCCAAAACCAGCACAUAGAAGACCAGCUGUAACAAAUCCUGUUAAAAAAAUAUUUAUUGGUCAAUUACCACUUGAAUUUCCUGAAGAAGAUUUACGAAAUUAUUUUCAACAAUAUGGACCCAUAGAAAAUAUUGAUUUACCUAUUGAUCGUGAAAAAAAUUGUCGCCGUCCAUUUUGUUUUAUUUCAUUUAAUUCGGAAAAAACAGCUGAAGAAGUUCUUAGACAACAACGACAUAUGAUUAAUGGUGUUUCAAUUGAAGUACGGCCAGCAAAACCAAGGGCUCAUGAACAAGGUGCAGGUGGUAAUAUGACACCACAAUCGAUGAUGUCCGGAGGUGGAAAUAAUUCUUCUUAUGACGGAAAUAGUGUUGGUAAUUCGUAUGGUGGCCACAUGAAUCAAUGGAGUCAAGGCGGUAAUUCAGGAUCAUAUUGGAAGUCGGAUAAUAAUAAUCAAAAUACAAAUUCAUUUGCACAAUGGUCACAAGGAACGAAUGGUGGCAGUUUAUCGUCGGAUAAUUAUCCACAUCAAUCAUCAGCAGUUUAUAAUAUGUAUCCACAACAAAUGUCAUCAAAUUCAACUCAUUCUUACCCAAAUUAUGGUCAACCACAAACAAAUUAUGCCUCAGCCUAUGGACAAUAUUCAGAACAAGCUGGUUAUGGAGGUUCUCAGGGUACAUCUAUUUCAAACACAUGGAAUCCUCAACAGCAACCACAAUAUGCUACCACUCAACAACAACAACAACAACAACAACAACAACAACAACAAUCAGCUCAGUCUGCUUAUGAUCAACAAAGUUUAUAUGCUUAUUAUGCCGCCAAUUAUGCUGCACAAUUAUAUAAUCAACAACAACAGUCUCAACAAACACAAUCGGGUGUCAAAAUGGAUCCAUCUUUAUCAUCAAAUAAUGGUGGAGCAGGAGAUGCCAUAGGAUUGGCACAAAAACAAUCGAAUUUAUCAUCGUCUGCCUACCAUUCAUAUCAGUAA